UUGCUUGGGAAAAUCUGCCGUAAGUAGUCUGCAAUUCAAGGCAUUUCCUUCGCGGGAUGCUUAUCAAGUCUGCAUGUGCUACUUCCAAACUGAACUAGGGCAUAGAUGAGAACUAUUUUGGAUAAAAGAGGGGAGAAAAGGAAAUAAAGCUGAGCUGAAAAAUAGUAGCGGUUUUCCUUUAUUUUUUUUUAACCAUCGCCUCAGGAUGUAAAUCAUACACAUGUGAAGAGAGAAAACAGACUUUGAACCAGCAGAAGGAAUCAGAGUAAUCUGUGAUGCUCAAGAUGAUGCUGGUGGUGUAAACGUGACUGAAAUAGUCAUCAUAGGGCUGGUGGGUAAAUAUGUUUAGAAGCCUUGGGAUGAAGCGGCUUCUCUCUCAUAGUCAUUACAGCAAGGAAAACCAAAAUGCCCUGCUUGUUCCUGGGGUGCUUCUGUGCUGCAGAGCAGCUGCCAGUUGUUCAGACAGCCGUGCUUCCAGAUGCCUCUGUGGAGCUGCAGAGCUUUUCUUUCUUCUUUUAUUUAAGGAUAGCAGCAAAGAAUUGUAGCAUAGAUGAAAAGCGAUGAAAAGGACACAGCAAAAAUUUCUGUGGGGAUUUCUUCUAGAUGAGAAGGCUGAUACUGAUCCAUUUCCUAAGUGGUUGGUGGUUCCUCAAUUCAGCAGUGAAACCUGGCACACCAAGCUGUCUGUGCAUCUCAGAGCCAGGGCACUGCUGUCUCCUCCAUCAGGCUGAUGAAUGAAAUCAAGGGACAAACUUAAGAUUCUUUUCAGACUGGAAGAGAUAUAACGAGGCUGCAAAAGGCAUCGCACCUCUCGUUCUCAUCUAAAUAAGUUUAGGUUCUUCAUUUGGAGAUCUGGAGGGAGUCAGCAGGAGUGGGAGAGCAGUUCUGGGAUGGGACAGGAAGGACAUGUGUGUGUCAAUCCACCACCUACCUACAUAUUAUGUGCCAAGAAUCUUGCAAAGAAAGAUUUCUUCAGACUUCCUGACCCAUUUGCAAAAAUAGUUGUUGAUGGGUCAGGUCAGUGCCACUCAACUGACACUGUGAAGAACACGUUGGACCCCAAAUGGAACCAGCAUUAUGAUCUGUAUGUUGGGAAGACAGAUUCCAUAACCAUCAGUGUAUGGAACCAUAAAAAAAUCCACAAGAAACAGGGAGCUGGCUUCCUGGGGUGUGUCCGACUCCUCUCCAAUGCCAUCAGCAGGCUAAAAGAUACUGGAUACCAGCGUUUGGAUCUAUGCAAACUAAAUCCCACAGAUACUGAUGCUGUACGAGGCCAAAUAGUGGUCAGUUUACAGACACGGGACAGAAUAGGCACCGGAGGUUCUGUAGUAGACUGUAGAGGGCUUUUGGAGAAUGAAGGUUUCCCCAUUUUCAGAACGGUUUAUGAAGAUUCCGGACCGGGGAGGCCACUGAGUUGUUUUAUGGAAGAACCAGCACCCUACACAGACACUACAGGGGCUGCAGGUGGAGGCAAUUGUCGCUUUGUAGAGUCCCCCAGUCAAGAUCAGAGGCUUCAGGCACAGCGACUUCGGACUCCUGAAGUCAGAGGUCAUGUCCAGACACCUCAGAACAGACCUCAUGGUCACCAGUCUCCUGACCUACCUGAAGGCUAUGAACAAAGAACAACGGUACAGGGCCAGGUUUAUUUUUUGCACACGCAAACUGGAGUUAGCACAUGGCAUGACCCUAGGAUACCAAGAGACCUUAACAGUGUGAAUUGCGAUGAACUGGGACCUCUGCCUCCAGGUUGGGAAGUUAGAAGUACAGUUUCAGGAAGAAUAUAUUUUGUAGAUCAUAACAACAGAACCACACAAUUCACAGAUCCACGACUACAUCACAUCAUGAACCAUCAAUGCCAGCUAAAAGAGCCCAGCCAGCAGCCUCUGCCAGCUCCAAAUGAGGGGUCCGUGGAAGAGGGCGAGGAGUUGCCUGCACAGAGAUAUGAAAGAGACUUGGUGCAAAAGCUGAAAGUUCUUAGACAUGAGCUUUCCCUUCAGCAGCCGCAGGCAGGUCACUGCCGAAUUGAAGUGUCCAGAGAGGAAAUAUUUGAGGAAUCCUACCGUCAGAUAAUGAAGAUGAGGCCCAAGGAUUUGAAAAAGAGACUUAUGGUAAAAUUUCGAGGCGAGGAAGGCCUGGAUUAUGGAGGAGUAGCAAGAGAAUGGUUGUAUUUACUGUGCCAUGAAAUGUUGAAUCCAUACUAUGGACUCUUCCAGUACUCUACAGAUAAUAUUUACAUGCUGCAAAUCAAUCCAGACUCCUCUAUCAAUCCCGACCAUUUGUCUUAUUUCCAUUUUGUUGGUCGGAUAAUGGGUUUGGCUGUGUUCCAUGGACACUAUAUCAAUGGGGGGUUCACGGUUCCCUUUUAUAAACAGCUCCUGGGGAAACCCAUUCAGCUCUCUGAUCUGGAAUCUGUUGACCCAGAACUACACAAAAGUUUAGUCUGGAUUCUAGAGAACGAUAUCACCCCGGUUCUGGACCAUACUUUCUGUGUGGAACACAAUGCUUUUGGGAGGAUUUUACAGCACGAACUCAAACCGAACGGCAGGAACAUUCCAGUGACAGAAGAGAACAAGAAAGAAUAUGUCAGGUUGUAUGUGAACUGGCGAUUUAUGAGAGGCAUAGAAGCACAGUUCUUGGCUCUGCAGAAAGGUUUUAAUGAACUCAUUCCCCAACAUCUCCUCAAGCCUUUUGACCAGAAGGAGCUUGAGCUAAUCAUAGGAGGCCUGGAUAAGAUAGACCUGAAUGACUGGAAGUCAAACACACGCCUAAAGCACUGCAUGGCAGAUAGCAAUAUUGUGAAGUGGUUCUGGCAAGCGGUGGAAACAUUUGAUGAAGAAAGAAGGGCAAGGCUUUUGCAGUUUGUGACAGGUUCAACGCGUGUCCCACUUCAAGGUUUCAAGGCUUUACAAGGUUCUACAGGCGCUGCAGGACCCAGACUGUUUACCAUCCAUUUAAUAGAUGCAAACACAGACAACCUUCCAAAAGCCCACACUUGCUUUAACCGGAUUGACAUUCCGCCUUAUGAGUCAUAUGAGAAGCUUUACGAGAAGCUGUUGACAGCUGUGGAAGAGACAUGUGGGUUUGCUGUGGAGUGAAAAAGCAACCAAAGGAAACAGAUGCUAGCUCAUGGACCACCAAAUCAAAAGCUAGAAGAAGCUUGCUGUGAACUUCCUGCUAAGCUGUCUGAAGCACCGGAACUCUAGACAACUUGGAGAUGGCUUGUUUCCCUUCCACUGUUGGUGGAUGAUGGUGGGGGCAGGGGCUUUUGUUGGUGGUUUCCAACUCUUUUUUUUUUUCCCCCUUUGUUACAAUAAGCCCUUCCCUCUUCUUCCAUCCCCAUAAAAUGUAAUGCAGCCAAGUUCAGCAUUUGGCCUUGGAUACACAGGAUAUUCUGCUAGAUUUGUAACACAUAUUGUGAUGGGUCGAUGACCUGUGGGUUUGUUGUUUUUUUUUUAAUAGGAAAAUCGCAGUGUAGUUAAGAAUGAGCUUGAUUUGCCGAGGACUUGCAGAUGGUUAGGAGUGCCUGGUUAGUUUGUCUAAAAUCAAGCUUGAGCCCUGUAGGGUUCAGUGGGUGCAGUGUGUCUGACUGGCGCUAGAAUUUGCAUUGCACAUUCUAAAAACCUGAUUAAAAAGUGAACUUCUAGCAGAAAUUACCUCCAUAUGAGCAUUUAACUGAAAGGCAAAGUAUUUCUAGUUCUGCCUUAGCAGGAAGCUCCCAGUGGAAGCUGUGGCUUAACUUGAGAGAAGCGAAAGAAUUGGGGACAGCUUAAAUGGUAUUGUAUGAUUUCUUUUUGGUUGUCCUGGCUGAAACCUAAUUGUUUUGCACAUGAAAACAGUUAUUUCCUCCUGCAGAAUUACUUUCCGUAGUUUGCUCAGAUAUAAUUACCUUACAGAGAAAGCUUUGCAAGGAGGAGGCGGAGGACAAAAUUACUUCAGUUCCAAAGCUGUGAUUUCUGUGCCACUGUUCUACCUGAGAUGUUUUUGCGACUUCAUAUUUGAAGACUCAAAAUGGAAAUCACCAAAUGCUACAUCAACAGAGCUAACUUCUGUUCUGAAGUUUUUGGCUGUGUGAAAGGUUUAUUUGGAGGCUGUGGUAAAAGGGUAACUAUACAGUGAAUACAUUUUAAAUGUUAGGGAAAGCUAUUGAAAGGAUUUACGACUUCAGUUCUGUAAGGAUAAGAAUUUCUCCAGAGAGCCAUAUAAGGCUGUUUUUUAGUAUACCUGAAACUAAUAUUAAAAGGUUGGUUCUCUAACACAUUGCUAAGAUAACUUCCCGGGGGUAACAAAAGCAAAUCAAACACCCGAAUCACUAACAUUUUUUCCAGUUUGCACACCAAAAUGAGACAGCAUUUUAACAAAUAACACAGCUUCAGAAAGCCCCAGUUAUCUGUCAAACAUGUCUAAACUUAAGUAAAGCAGGCUUGCUUGUAUAGGACUUUUUUCUUUGGCAAGCCUGAUUUUUAGAGAAAUUCAUUACUGAAACAUUUAACAGAUGUUUUUGUUUAUGGAAUAGUGCAUUGAAAUUCAGCUGUGGGUAAGAGGUUGUUCUUAGAAGAUGUCUACUGGAAUACUUCUAUUUUGUCUUUUUUAAAUUGAAUUUGAUAAUAGCUUUAAACUGUGAUAGGACAGAAGGUAGACACUUGUCGAAAUUCUGGCAUCAUUCUCAGUUUUGUUUGUUUCCAUUGACCAUAACUCUCGUGGUUUGUGGUUGGGAGUGAGGAUUGCAUUGAAGGUGUAAAAUUGUACCAUAGUGUGAGAUUUGCACAGGGUGGCUCAAGGUGCUCAGCCAGCGAGACUGUACAGGAGAGAGGUGUAUUUACACCCAUGUUCUGGAGGAAUCUUGGUGCAGCUGGGGACGGGUUUCUGCAGUUCUGAUCAUUGGGACACAAGUGAAAUCAUGUGUGUGUUUUGCAGAAAGGAAAUGGAGCUGUCUGUAGGUGAACGUCGGUACAGUCUUGGGCUGAGCAGCAGGAUCCCCAUGGCCCUGGCUUUUCAAAAUGGCUGUGAAGUCGUACCUGUUCAUAGAGUGUAUUUAAUCCUUUCAGUACAUUUGAAUGUGCAAUAAACCAGUCAGAUAGGAAAAAUGCAGAAUGGAUUAUUGCCCAAAAGCUUUGCAUGUAGUCUCAUGUGAAUUUUUCACUAAAAGAGUUGAAAAAACAGAUGCUAAAGCCCACCACUAACAGAAAUCCUAUCACACAAGCUCUAUAACUGGGUCAGUGAAAACCAAGUGAGGUGAAGGUAAGGGCCCUUGGUUUGGAAGUCUAUAGGUCAAGUAGCUUUUAUGUCAACGACACAGUUGACAUAUGAUAGUUCCUAAUGUCUUUUCUAGGUCAGUGUUUUAUUGAAUGCACAAAAUAAGAAUAGGCAAGGAUUGUUGUUUGCUGUAUUUAAAAGCCCUUGUCAAGGUACCUCCUCCUUGCUGACAAUAAUGAGAAUAGGGCACCAUCUUUUUAAUUAUUUUAGUUCUCUUUUAUACAGCUUCACCACCUCUCCCAUUGUGUCGUCUUUGCAAUUUUGUGCCACUUCAGUGAUGAUAAAGACCCUUUUUUUGUAUUGUUCUGUACAUGCAUUUGAGGCAGGCCUUAAAGCUGAAUGGAUGGAUAGAUGGAGGAAAUAAAGAAGCGAGGCAGUAUGGGUUUUAAGUGAUGAUUUCUUCUUCCAGUGGCUGAUUUCAAGGCCAGGGAAGGAUGAAACGCAAACAAGAGUUUGCAUGGCUCAAGCCAUUGACUCUAUGAGGCUUUGUGGGCUGUUCUCAUAACCUCAGCUGUCUGAAUUUCUGAGUCUGUCUGAGUGUGUUCAUUCUUACUUGGUCUGCCAGCACUUGAACUGGUUGUUACUCCUCAAACUUGCCCAAAGAAUAACAUAAAGUCUGGUGUUCGUUCAGUCAUUCCACGUUCCACCUUGUGCACACAUGCGUCUUGGAUCAGACCUGAAGGAAAUACAAGGUACAAUGUGUCUUUCGUUCCUGUCCUAAAGGCAAACCUAAAAGCUGGUCCGUUGGCACAGACCUUCAGUGCUUGCCCUGAUACUGCUCAUCAGCCUAUACUAUAUGCUCAGGGAUGUAGGAAACCACCACUUUGCUCGUGUUUAUAUCGGGAAGAAAUGAGGCUGUUUUAUGGAUGUUGGCAUUAACUUGGGCAUUAUGUUAGACAAGACCCUGCUUCAGAAAGGCUGCUUGAAGCUCCAGGGGGUGAAAUCAACGUUUGCUCAGCAGUAUGUACUUUGUUCAAGUUGAGGUGGUUGUGAAAUCCAAUAGACUUUGUAAAUUAGUGAUCUGGCCACCAGGGCCCUUCUGUAGCUCAGGUUCAGGGCCGCGUGGCACAGCAAGUUCCCAGAAACACAGUACGGAUCUGUUUUGAAUUUGUUAAUUUUUGUUCCUCGACCACUUUAUAAUGUAUUUUUUUUUUAAUUUAUUAUUUUGUAAUGUCAUGUUUAAGUAUUGCUGCUAUCCUUGUUAUUCUUCCCACUGUUUUUAUGGCAGAUUUAUUUUGUGAAAGUUGUACACUAAUGUUUCAUUUUAUGUCUAAAUCAAAGUAUUUAAAGAAAUACUAGUUCUAUUUAAUGUGGUUAUGGAACCAGCUGGAAUAAACAGUGAUUGUAUAGUAGGCUGGACCCAGGAGGUCAUGUUCAUUUUUGUUACAUAUGCAAUAAACUCACAACUUUAAACUC